CAAUUUCACCGGGUCAGUUGGUCAAUCCUGUGAGUGUCGUCUUGUUGUCCCCGCGAUUAGCGUGGCUCUUGAGUAUUUUUUUUUUUUUUGCGUUUCGGUUAUUUUCCAUCGCCAUGCCGAAUAUCACGUUCGAUGUCAAGCUGGAUUUUAAAGAUGUACUUCUCCGGCCUAAACGGAGUACACUGAAGAGUCGCUCCGAGGUUGAUCUACAUCGUGAAAUAAUCUUUAAAAAUUCAAAGGCAAAGUACAAUGGGAUCCCUAUUGUUGCUGCAAAUAUGGACACCGUUGGAACAUUUGAAAUGGCAAAAGCUUUGAGCGAGCACGAUGUGUUCACGGCAGUCCACAAAUACUACACAGUGGACGAGUGGGAGGCUUUCGCGAAAGAAAAUCCCGGCUCUCUGAAACACGUAGCUCUCAGCAGCGGCUGCGGCAAUGACGAUUUCAAAAAGAUGCUGGAUGUCACGAGUAGCGUUCCUGGAGUCACCACACUUUGUCUUGAUGUCGCCAACGGCUAUCAGCAAUCAUUCGUCGAGUUCGUACGCAAAGUCAGAGAGACCCUCCCAAAACACACUAUUAUUGCCGGGAACGUAGUGACAGUGGAGAUGGUGGAGGAACUCGUGCUGUCGGGAGCUGAUGUGAUCAAGGUUGGCAUCGGGCCGGGAUCGGUAUGCACCACGCGUUACAAGACCGGAGUCGGCUACCCUCAGCUCAGCGCCGUCAUGGAGUGCGCAGACGCCGCCCGCGGGCUGGGCGCCCAUGUUAUGUCGGAUGGCGGAUGCACUUGUCCCGGUGACGUGGCUAAGGCCUUUGCUGGUGGGGCUGAUUUCGUGAUGUUGGGCGGAAUGCUGGCGGGUCAUGACCAGUGCGGAGGAGAGCUCAUCACCAAACGGGACGGAAGUCAAGUCAAACAAUUUUACGGCAUGAGUUCGUCCACCGCCAUGCAGAAACAUGUUGGAGGGGUCGCCCACUAUAGAUCAGCGGAGGGUAAAUGCGUUGAAGUAUCGUACCGUGGUGACGUCAACGAAACCAUCAUGGACAUCCUCGGUGGACUCAGAUCCACUUGCACCUACACCGGAGCCGCAAAACUUAAGGAACUUUCCCGACGGGCCACUUUCAUCAGAUGCACUCAACAGCUAAAUCAAGUUUUUGCUCAGUCUACCACGAAAUACUAGUUUUACUGAACCGUAGUAAAACGUCUCUAUGGCUCUUCAA